CUCAGCAGCAGCAGGUGAAGCAGCAACAGUGAACCAUGGCUCCAAGACCAGAGGUGAACACUGGCUCCUCCCAUAAUACAGACAACAGAGAUAAAGAGCACAAGGAAAUCCCCCCGGCGUACUCCACCGUGGACCUGGUGCACGAUGAUCCGGAUGCAGAUCCAUGGACUAUUCCCGAGCUCAAAGACACUGGGGUCAAGUGGUCAGAUCUGGACACAAAGGGAAAGAUCAUGCGAGUGCUCACAGGCAUCGUGAAGCUGGUUCUGCUGCUCGGACUCCUCUACCUGUUCAUCUGCUCCCUCGACAUCCUCAGCUCAGCGUUCCAGCUCGUCGGAGGUAAAGCUGCAGGUGACAUCUUCCAGGACAAUGUGGUGUUGUCGAACCCUGUGGCCGGACUGGUGAUCGGUGUGUUAGUCACCGUGCUGGUGCAGAGCUCCAGUACCUCCUCCUCUAUUGUGGUCAGCAUGGUAUCCUCUGGACUGCUGGAUGUUCAGUCUGCAGUUCCCAUCAUCAUGGGAGCCAAUAUCGGAACGUCUGUCACCAACACCAUUGUCGCAAUGAUGCAGGCGGGAGAUCGCAAUGAGUUCCGCAGGGCUUUUGCCGGAGCGACGGUUCACGACUUCUUCAACUGGCUCUCAGUGAUCAUUCUUCUCCCUCUGGAAGUGGCCACGGGCGUCUUAUACAAACUCACGCAGCUCAUCAUCAAAUCCUUCAACAUCCAGAGCGGUGAGGACGCGCCCGACCUUCUCAAGGUCAUCACAGACCCGCUCACAAAGUCCAUCAUCCAGCUGGACAAAUCUGUGAUCAACGCCAUCGCCACGGGCGACCCAGCAGCCAAAAACAUGAGUCUGAUCAAAAUUUGGUGCAAGAAGAAAACUAACACGGAUUUCUACAAUGUGACGGUGGAGAACUGCACCACCGGUGCCGUCUGCUGGGAGGAAGGAAACCAGACCUGGACCGAGAAGAACACGACCUGGAUCGAUUACCAACAGAAAUGCCACCACAUCUUCGCCAACUCUAAUUUGCCGGACCUGGCGGUGGGCCUCAUCCUCCUCGCCAUGUCCCUGCUCGUCCUCUGCACCUGCCUCAUCCUCAUUGUCAAGCUGCUCAACUCCAUGCUGAAGGGCCAGGUGGCCGUGAUCAUCAAGAAAGUGCUCAACACAGACUUCCCCUUCCCCUUCGCCUGGGUUACUGGCUACAUUGCAAUUGUGGUGGGAGCAGGGAUGACCUUCAUCGUUCAGAGCAGUUCAGUUUUCACUUCAGCUAUAACUCCUCUCGUUGGUAUCGGUGUCAUUAGCCUGGAGCGAGCUUACCCUCUGACCCUGGGGUCAAACAUCGGCACAACAACCACAGCUAUACUUGCUGCUAUGGCCGGUCCUGGAGAAACACUCGCCAAUGCACUGCAGAUUGCACUUUGCCAUUUCUUCUUCAACAUCAUGGGUAUCUUACUGUGGUAUCCCAUCCCCUUCACACGAGUGCCCAUCAGGUUAGCGAGAGGUUUGGGGAACUAUACAGCAAGAUUCCGCUGGUUCGCCGCCGUCUACCUCGUCCUGUGCUUCUUGGUUUUCCCUCUGGGAAUCCUCGGCCUGUCGCUGGCCGGCUGGCAGGUCCUAGUUGGCGUUGGCGUCCCCUUCAUCGUGUUGGUUAUCUUUGUGAUCAUAAUCAACGUGAUGCAGUCUCGAUGCCCCCGCUUCCUGCCCAAGUGCCUCCAGGACUGGGAGUUCUUGCCGCGCCCCCUGCACUCCCUGGAGCCGUGGGAUGCCGUGGUGACGUCGUCGCUGGGCUUCUGUGGCAAACACUGCUGCUGCUGCUGCAAGCGCUGCUGCUGCAGGAAAGACGAGGACGAGAAGAUCAGGAGGAACAGCACAAAGAGCCUGGAGAUGUAUGAUAACCCCGCCAUGUCCACGGACGAAGACGUGAGGGGGGCAAAUAAAGGGACACACCUUUAAUAUCACUGUUAGUAUCACUGUUUUUCAAUGCAAUAAUGUAUUUGUAACACACUUCUCAGGUUGUGGUUUGUCGAUGAUU